AAAGAAUCCAAGAAGCCUCGCUUUUGCAUCCGUGCAGUGCUCUGCCUGGCGGCGAAGCAUGAUCUAUAAUGAGCCAAAAGGACACGCUGGUUCAUUUAUUUGCUGGAGGAUGCGGUGGAACGGUGGGCGCUAUUCUGACCUGUCCAUUGGAGGUGGUGAAGACUAGACUGCAGUCCUCCUCUAUCACUCUAUACGUCUCUGAAGUCCAACUCAGCACUGUUAAUGGAGCCAGUGUGGCCCGCAUGGCCCCUCCUGGGCCCAUGCAUUGUCUCAAGUUGAUCCUGGAGCGAGAAGGGGCUCGUUCUCUCUUCAGAGGAUUAGGACCAAACCUUGUGGGUGUGGCUCCUUCCAGGGCCAUCUACUUUGCAGCAUAUUCCACGGCUAAGGACAAGCUGAAUGGAGUGUUCGAGCCCGACUCUACCCAGGUGCACAUGGUGUCCGCUGGAAUGGCAGGGUUCACAGCCAUUACAGCCACCAACCCCAUCUGGCUCAUAAAGACUCGUAUGCAGCUGGAUGCCAGAAACCGCGGGGAACGGCGCAUGAAUGCAUUGGACUGUGUACGGCGAGUGUAUCAGAUGGAAGGACUUAGAGGAUUCUACAGAGGCAUGUCAGCCUCAUAUGCUGGUAUUUCUGAGACUGUGAUCCACUUUGUCAUUUAUGAGAGCAUCAAACGUAAACUGCUGGAGUCCAAAGCCCACACUAGUAUGGACGAGGAGGACGAGGCUGUGAAAGAUGCCUCAGACUUUGUGGGAAUGAUGCUUGCAGCUGCUACCUCCAAGACCUGCGCCACAACCAUCGCUUAUCCACAUGAGGUCAUCCGCACACGACUUCGAGAGGAGGGCAGCAGGUAUCGCUCUUUCUUUCAGACUUUAUUGACUGUUCCCAAGGAGGAAGGAUAUCGAGCACUGUAUCGUGGCCUGACCACUCACCUGGUCCGACAAAUCCCCAACACAGCCAUUAUGAUGUGCACCUAUGAAGUAGUGGUGUACCUGCUCGGGCGCUAGACAUCCCUCUUCUGAAGAGGAGGCUUGUCUGAAGACCAAAGUAUUGAGCAUACUAUAGACAAAGAAAAAAUCUUUUUUUGUAAAAAAAGUUUUGGUCCUCAAGUUCAUCAAUCUUAACUUCCAGUACCAUUUCUUAUGAUACUGGAUCAGAAGAGUCAAUGUUAAUGAUUGAAAAAUAGGAGAAAAGCUGACAGAUUCAUGGCAAGGAGUAUGAGACUAGACUCCAUGGUACCUCUAUAGGAAAAAGCACACAUCAGUGGCCUUAACUAUGUUUAAAGCUUACAAUGCAGCCUUUUCCUCUGGUGCUCUUCAUACUGUGAAUGGGAGACACCUGGAAAUACUUUCUUGACUGUAUAACUAUCCUAUUGUUAUUUCAUUGUCCAACAUUGGUCUAACUGAAGGUCACACACCAAAUUUCAUUCACAAAACUACUGGAACCUGUAAAAAUGUGGUUAGAUAACGUUUGCUAUUUAACCGCAUUGCUCUGUAAUUGUUGAGGCAAUUUAUUAAAUAUAUGGUCUGUUACUAAGCACAUGCUAAUGGAAAUUUGUAAUUUUCCUGAACUAUUUGAGAUUUUACUGUUAAAAUAGGGCUUAUUGGCAGUGGUAU